AUGGACAAUUUAAAUUUAUUUGGAUGCUGUAAAGUGCGUGGUGGAAUUUUUAUCGGUAUUGUGACAUUGAUAGAAAGUAUCGUUAAGGCUUGUGUUUGUAUAUUCGUCUUAGUAAGGAACGGAAUUUUGGGAGUUGAGUAUCAAAAACUCUUUGAUAAAGAGAAAAUUCAUGCAGAAAUUUACAUCCUUUUAAGCAUAUUUGGAAUCAUCUGCUCAUCACUUUUAAUUCAUGGAUCAGUGAAAAAAUCGUCUGGAAAGAUCAUUUGGUGGAUUGUGUAUCAAGGAAUUUCGAUUUUCCAUCAAACUUACUUUUCCAUUGACGUAAUUUUGAUUUUAUACCACGAGCUUCAAGUAAAAUACUUAAUAGACAUUUUAGCUGCUAUAGGAUUAAUAUUUUUAUGCUACAUUUUCAUUGAAAUCUAUUUUAUGCAUUAUGUCGUUGAACUUUACCAGACAAUUAGUGAAAGUGAAAUUGAAAAUCAGCCACAUGUCAGUAGAAUUACAUCUGUUUCAGCUUCAGUACCUGUUAGACAUCCACGUGAUAUUCUAAGGGAUCUCACAGAUCGAAAUAAUCCAAUGCAAUCAUCUAUAAUAAAAUUAUUAAAUGAACUAGAGGGAAGCACACCAAAUGAUGAUACAUCUCCACUGAUAAAUGCUGUGUAA